CUUCCGCCGCCGGAAGCUCCGCCCACCGCGGCGCCAUGGCCAGCUACAGCCGCGCGGCUCAGCAAUGGGCGACAUUUGCCAGAUCCUGGUUCCUCAUUGACGGGAGGAUGCAGCCGCCAGGGAAAAUCGCUGCCCUGACGGCCGUCCGGCUGGAGGGGAAGCACAAGCCUGUGUAUCACGCGCUGAGUGACUGUGGAGACCAUGUUGUCGUAAUAAAUACAAGGCACAUUGCUUUUUCUGGGAAUAAAUGGGAACAGAAGGUGUAUUCUUCACAUUCUGGUUAUCCUGGAGGCUUCAAGCAAGUGACAGCGGCUCAACUUCACCAAAAGGAUCCAACUGCAAUUGUUAAGUUGGCUAUUUAUGGAAUGCUCCCUAAGAAUUUACACAGAAGAACCAUGAUGCAAAGGUUGCACCUCUUUCCAGAAGAUGUUAUUCCAGAAGACAUACAGAAGAAUCUUUUAGAGGAGCUUCCUCAGCCACGGAAAAUCCCCAGGAGGUUAAAUGAAUAUACACAAGAGGAAAUUGAUGCCUUCCCAAGGGUCUGGACUCCACCUCAAGAUUAUCGAUUGAAGUAGUAAGAGGUAGAAAAAAAGAAGAGAAAACCUAUAAAACUUUUGCUUUUGCUGCAAGAGAUGACCUCCAAAAUCACUCUCACUUGGGAGGCUGCGUGCAUUUUAAUCAUCCAUUCCAGGCACAAAAUGGGCUUCCACAGGUAAAUUGUUUUGAGGAGUUCCAUCAUGAACCAUGCAAGAGAAACCAAGCCCACACUGUUCAUGGUACAGAUGACAAUACUUGUUUUAAAAGGUAUUGCUGUGUGACCUGACACUUGUUAGUUAACAAUAAAAGAAUUUUUCUAUUUAUA